AUGUCGUCCCACCAUCCCAACUCCCCUUGGCCUUCUGGCACGCUAAGCGCUCCCGCCUGCCGGAGCCGUGUCUUGCGGGACUCGAUAUCUAUCCUUUGCUCAGAUGAUGAGAGCAAUGUUGCAAUCACCAGACCGGAUUCAGGAAGUCCCUGUGUGCUGAGUGAGUCUCAUCCUUUGGUGUUACCUCGAGUACCCCAGUCUAAGAUGCUGUCCAUCACAUCAAAUCCAAUGACUUUCUGUCAAGCAAGUGGUCAUCAGUCAAAUGUGAAUGGUCUCUUGGUUCAUGGGAUGCCUCUACAGCCAAGAAAUCUCUCUCUAAUGGACAAGCUCCUCGAUCUUGAUGACAAGCUACUUAUGAGACCUGGGUCCAGUACCAUCCUCUCAACCCGAAAUUGGCCAAAUCGAGUUCCGGAGCUUAGUUCAUCAUCUCUGUCAUACACAGUGCAGUCCGCCAGGAGACGCAACCCCCCACCUCGUACCCUUCACCCGAUCAGCACAAGCCAUUCACGUGCUGGAACACCACGACCUAUGGAAGAAAUCCUCAGAGGACCACGAGUCCCAGUGACAGCUGACUCGCUCUCCUCUCCCUCAUCAAUACCUUUGAGUCGAAAUAAUCUGCUGCCGCCUAUUGGCACAGCUGAAGUGGAACAUCUGAACACUGUGGGACCACAAAGACAAAUGAAACCCCAUGGUGAUUCCAGUCGAGCUCGAAGUGCAGUGGUGGAUGAGCCUAACCAUCAGCAGCCCAAAGACCCGCUCCUUUUACCUGACUUCUUCUCCAGGCCCAACACAACUCAGUCAUUUUUGAUACACAGUAUCGUCUUUCAUGUGCCGUUGAGUAUCCUCAUCAGGCCCGACCCGGCAGGGGAUCUGCAGUUACAGGUUCUCAGUUACAUGGGUCGACAAAAUCCCAAAGCAGAGGUGGACCAGUCUCUAGAACCAGACAGGGACCAUAAGGCAAACAAGAAGAACCCAUUAGACUGUAGCAAACACAUGAGAAGAUUUCGUGAAUCAGAGUUCAGUCAAGUGACCCAGAGCUUGUAUACGAGAUCAACAUGCAUCCGCCACCAUGAAGAGUUAUUCUGGUACAACUGACUGAGAAAAACACAAGCGUAUCCAUGAGUAACUGCAGUUACUGUUUUCUUUCAGCCUAAGUUAACCUAUUCCAAUGGACAGUGAAGAUUGUACCCAAAGAUAUAACAAUGAAUAAUUACCCCAAAUCAUUGCUCAUGUUGUCUGUUAACAAUGAUCAGUUAAAUUAUUACAGAUAUCUAUGAGAUUACAUAUCCACAAAAAGUAGUGAAUGAUUGUUUGAUACCAUCACUGGCUUCAGAAUACUUCUGCUUAUAACUUCUGGAAAACUGUGCUCAGUGUUACGUCACUUUUAAGAGAUAGUGCUGUCAACAAUAUGAGCUACUCAUCAAAUAAAUGUCAUUCCUACAACUUUUUCUUUAGCUGUCCAGUCUUAUCAACAGAACAAAGCAGAAGUAGACAUAAGCAUUGGUGUAAAGUAACUUCUGUAAUGAAUUUAUGUUGCAUUUUUUUCAGAUAGGACAACUUGAUCUUACACAAUGCCUGCUUGAUACCACGUUGUGCUUAUUUUCUUCUUAAAUACUUCACUGGCCAUAUCUUUUCCAAAUAUCGAACUUACCUUGCCAUAUUUUCUUCCUGAAACUGGGAACAUUAUUAUUAAAAAAUCACCUGCAGAAUCUACUUGUAAGCCACCAAGGUACAAUUCCUUAAAAAUUUAAGAAAACCUGUAGUGCUAAUUAGUCCAGUAUAAACAGAUCCUAAGAGCAGUGGAAGUAGAGCAUUCCAGCAUUCUUCUGAUUUU